UAGACACUGCGCUGGUCUAAUCAGAUUUCAGUGACAUUAUGCAACGUCACUCCAGCGUUUAACUCAAGCAAUUGCAUUUAACAAGUGAUAUUUUAGCUAAUAAUUAAGAUCAGACACCCAGACAGACCAACAACAAAAUGCUCCGCAGUUGCCGCCGCCUUGCCACGAGAAGCCUCCGGGAUCAGCUCCAGUUUCAAGUUAAGCGCCACCAAAAGACCGCCGCCACCUGUAGCGACAUGGAUAAGUUUGAUCUUCCUAAGCGAUUGCAGGGCAGCACGCCCAGCGUCUGGAACGAGUACAUUGCCCUGGCCAUGCAGUAUAAGCCGCUGAAUCUGGGCCAGGGGUUUCCCGAUGACGCCGCCCCCGAGUAUGUGACCCAUUCGCUGGCGGACAUUGCCAAGGAUGAGAACCCGCUCCUGCAUCAGUAUACCCGCGGCUACGGACACGUUCGUCUGGUUCAGGCGCUCUCCAAGCUGUACAGCGGUCUCGUCUCCAAGGAGCUGAAUCCCCUCACCGACAUCCUGAUCACGUCGGGCGCCUAUGAAGCCUUGUACUCCACCAUCAUGGGGCACGUGGACGUGGGCGAUGAGGUGAUCAUCAUUGAGCCCUUCUUCGAUUGCUACGAGCCCAUGGUUAAGAUGGCCGGUGGAGUUCCGCGCUUCAUUCCCCUGAAAUUGCGCAAGACGGAGGGUGAGGGACCGAUCAGCUCGGCGGAUUGGGUGCUGGACGAUGCCGAAUUCGAGGGACUGUUCAACUCAAAGACCAAGAUGAUCAUCCUCAAUACCCCGCACAAUCCCAUUGGCAAGGUCUUCAACCGAAAGGAGCUGGAGCGGAUUGCCGAGCUGUGCCGCAAAUGGAACGUGCUGUGCGUCUCGGACGAGGUAUACGAGUGGCUGGUCUUUGACGGGGCGGAACAUAUUCGCAUUUGCACGCUGCCCGGCAUGUGGGAUCGCACCAUCACGCUGGGAUCGGCCGGCAAGACCUUCUCGGUCACCGGCUGGAAGAUCGGCUGGGCCUACGGACCCGCCCAGCUUAUUCGCAACCUGCAGAUGGUCCACCAGAAUUCCGUGUACACCUGUCCCACGCCCCUGCAGGAGGGCGUGGCGCGCAGCUUUGAGGUGGAGUUGGCCCGCCUCGGUAAGCCGGAGAGCUAUUUUCUCAGCUUGCCGCGCGAACUGAAGCAGAAGCGAGACUACAUGGCCAAAUUCCUGUCGGACGCCGGCAUGCGUCCCACUAUUCCCGAGGGCGGGUACUUCAUGCUGGCCGAUUGGUCGCCGCUGGCAAACAAGGUGGACCUUAGCUCCGAGCCGGACAAGCAUCGCGACUACAAGUUCACCAAGUGGAUGACCAAGAAUAUGGGCCUGCAGGGCAUCCCGCCCAGCGCCUUCUACAGCGAGCCCAAUAAGCCGCUGGGCGAGGACUUUGUGCGCUAUUGCUUCAUCAAGAAGCAGGAGAACCUGGACAAGGCGGCCGAGCUGCUUGCCAAGUGGAAAUAGUUGGCGGAAAUAAACGAAUUUGUUGCAAUA